GACCAGAUCAUGGAGGGCGAGUCCGUGGCUCAAUUCUCAGUCAAUCUCACGUGCCAAAGUUGCGUAGAGAAAACGGAAAAGGUGUUGAAAGGGGUGCCUGGGAUCAACAAGUUCCAAGUGGAUCUCGCCCGCCAAUCCGUGGUGGUCAAUAGCACCUUGCCUUCUGAGGCGAUUAUUUCCUUGAUCGAGUCCACAGGGAAGAAGGCAGUCAUGACGGGCAGUGGCGGCUUGUUGGGCAGUAUGGGAGCAGCUGUGGCAGCCAUUGGCGGUGCUAUGGGAAUUGGCGCUAAAGUGAAAGGCGUCGUUCGGUUCACCCAAGUGGAUGAAAGCACGUGUGUGGUCGAUGGGACCAUCGAUGGCCUCUCUCCCGGAAAACACGCCUUGGCCAUUCAUGAGUGUGGCGACCUAACUCAAGGCUGCAAGAGUGUGGGGGCUCAUUUUAAUCCAAGAAACACACGCCAUGGCAGCCCACUGAACGAGGAAAACGAACGGCACGUUGGGGAUUUGGGCAACAUCAGCGCCGACGAAUCGGGACGAGCAGUGUUCAAGUUUUCAGACAAAUUGGUGAAAGUUUGGGAUAUUAUCGGUCGGUCCGUUGUCGUUGCUGAAGGUCAGGAUGAUCUUGGGCAAGGUUACUCCCCUUUAUCACAGAUCAAUGGGAAUUGUGGUAAUUUGGCAUCCUGUGGGAUCAUCGCCCGCUCUGCGGGUCUCCUUCAAAACGACAAGAAAUUCUGCGCUUGCGAUGGGGUCACGAUUUGGGAUGAACGGAACCGACCUAUAGCCGGAUCAGCGCGACGAAAUCCCGUUGAGGAUGCUUCAAAAUUGUGAUUGACAACUUAUAUCCAACAUAAUUGUGUACUAGCACUCGAUACGAUUUUUUGUUUUUACGUACAUGUUCCACGCUUAACCAGGGCAUUAGCUCCAAUUGGGAGGGGAAAGAGGGAAAGGGUGAUGAUAAGGAUGCACGAAAAGCUCUUUCGAGGUUCCAUAUGCAUUGUGUGAGUCUAGAGUUGUUUGCGUUCAUUCUUGCCAUCAAAGCAAGCUUUGCUUUUAGAGGGUUUUGAUUGUGUUGUUGCUGCUCCUGCUGUUGUUGAUUGUAAUGAUUCUGGUUUCCUUGAAAGGAUGAGGUUUAAUCUCGACGUGCUAUUCGGUGAAAAAGACCUUAAACUCAGCCCAUUUCUCAACCAUCUCUACUUUCAACAUCAAACCUGGACCAUUUUUUCACGGUGGAACAAAAGAGAUUAAAUUUCUAUUGAGCACUGGUGAAGGCUUUUCGUAUCGGUGCCAACAAUUUCGAUGAUUUGAGAGGAACUCAAUGUGGUGAUGAAAUACAUAUACGAUAGAUUGAA